ACAUACAAAUAUAUUUCAAUAAUAUAUAUAUAUAUAAAUAUAUAAAUAUAUAUAUAUAUAUAUAUUACUUUACUUUGUUCUCAAAUGUCCAGAAUGGAGGAAACGGAGAAUAAUUUGCUAGAAAAAAAUAAAUUAAAAACUGAUACAGGACAAGAUGCAUCAUAUUAUUCAAGCAAUCCAUCAGACUUAUCUAUUGGAAGCAGCAGAAAUCACCAUAACAUUUCUAAUAAUGAGAAAACAGACAAUACUAUUUUAGUUGCUGAACAUUACAAUACAAUGGAAGAAAAGUGUCUUUCUCAAAGGGAUCAAAGUCGCAUUGUUUACAUGAGAAACUUUAAUAAUUGGAUCAAAAGUAUGCUUAUAGAUGAAUAUGUAAAUAAAAUAAAACAGAACAAAAAUCGUAACAGCCCCUUAAAGGUACUUGAUAUGUGUUGUGGUAAAGGUGGAGAUCUUCUAAAAUGGAAAAAGAAAGAGAUUAGACACUUAGUAUGUGCCGAUAUAGCUGAAGUAUCUAUUGAACAAUGUAAAAAUCGAUAUAAUGAUAUUGUAAACAAAAGUUCCAAAGUAAGGGGAUUUACACCUAUUUUUACUGCUGAAUUUAUUGCCGCCGACUGUACAAAGGUACGCCUAAGAGAAAAAUACAAGGAUGUUACUAUACAAUUCGAUCUUGUGAGCUGUCAAUUUGCAUUUCAUUAUAGUUUUGAAUCACUAACGCAAGCAGAAUGUAUGCUACGAAAUGCAAGUGAAUGUUUAAGACCAGGUGGUUAUUUUAUUGGAACUAUACCAGAUGCUUAUGACUUAGCUUCUAGAUGGCAAAAGUGUGAUGGUAACAAGUUUGGAAAUGAUAUUUAUAGCGUAGAAUUUAUAUGUAAAGAUAAGACAAAUCCACCUCUUUUUGGUACUAAAUAUAAUUUUCAUCUUGAAGGCGUAGUUAAUUGCCCAGAAUUUUUGGUUCAUCUUCCUACGCUGUGCAAAUUAGCUUCUAAAUUUGGUCUCGAAUUAGUAAUGUUUGAAAGAUUUGAAACUUAUUAUGAACGUAUGAAGAACGAAGGUAAAUCUUUGCUGUAUAAAAUGCAAGCUAUGGAAACUUAUCCUCCGUAUUAUGAAAGUCCAUUAUUAGGUAAACCUUCUCAGGAUUAUCAACAUGCUAUAAGUCAUAUGCAAAAUCAACCAGGCCAUCGUAAAAUUGGUACAUUGUCUCAACCAGAAUGGGAAGUCAUAUCACUUUAUGCAGUAUUUGCAUUUCAAAAAAAAGAAAUAGACUAGAAUGGGGAUAAGAAGAUGAAAA